GACGGACCUUUUCACCGCUGCACCACUGAUGUAACUUUCAUUUCCUGACUGGUAAGGGUCAUACACAUGACUACAGAGUUUGUGUAGAGUCCACUUUACGAGAGCCGAACCUUUACACAUUCACUGAAAUUCAUUUUAAUAAUGUUGCGAACGCUGUGUCGGACCGGCGGCGCCCUUCUGCAGCAAACCCAGCGGGCUGCCCCGAGGUUGAUGGUCACACCGGCCCAGCAGCGAUGGGCGUCCAGCCUGCCCAUGAAUACCGUGGUCCUGUUCGUGCCCCAGCAAGAAGCCUGGGUGGUGGAAAGAAUGGGUCGCUUCCACCGGAUCUUAGAGCCGGGUUUAAACUUCCUCAUACCUUUACUUGACCGAGUUCGCUACGUGCAGAGUCUCAAAGAGAUUGUCAUCGAUGUACCAGAGCAGUCCGCAGUAUCUUUAGAUAAUGUCACACUACAGAUUGAUGGAGUGCUUUACUUAAGGAUCCUAGACCCUUUUAAGGCCAGUUACGGCGUUGAGGAUCCAGAAUAUGCAGUCACACAGUUGGCGCAGACCACCAUGCGGUCGGAGUUGGGCAAACUCACACUGGACAAAGUGUUCCGGGAAAGGGAGUCUCUAAAUUCCAACAUUGUCCACUCCAUCAACCAAGCGUCAGACGAGUGGGGAAUCCGGUGCCUCCGUUAUGAAAUCAAGGACAUCCAUGUUCCACCUCGCGUCAAAGAGUCCAUGCAGAUGCAGGUGGAGGCCGAGCGGAAGAAGAGAGCAACGGUGCUGGAGUCGGAAGGGACACGGGAGGCGGACAUUAAUGUCGCAGAGGGUCACAAACAAGCUCAGAUUCUGGCCUCGGAGGGUCAAAAAGCGGAGCAGAUCAAUAAAGCGUCCGGUGAGGCCCAGGCAAUCUUGGCCAAAGCAGAGGCGAAAGCUAAGGCUAUCAGUAUGCUGUCUGCUGCUCUGACUGAGCAGAAUGGAGACGCGGCAGCCUCGCUAAGUGUGGCCGAGCAGUACGUGUCGGCCUUCUCCAACCUCGCCAAAGAGUCCAACACCAUCCUGUUGCCCACGAGCCCCGGAGACAUCAGCGGAAUGGUCACACAGGCUAUGACCAUUUAUGGCGCGUUGGCAAAGUCAAGCCCAAAAGUAAUGGCAGAAAAGAAGAGCGACAACAGUGGAAGCCAAUCAUCUCAGUAGCAUUAGAAGACUCUGUGAAUGAACUCCAAACACUAGAACGACGCAGAAGAAGAAGAAGAAGAAGCAGCAGUCUUUGGCUCCAAGGCAAAGCUGUGUGUGUGUAAAGUUUCACAUACCUUCUCCUGACAGGACAGAAGGAAAAAAAACUGCCAACUUCAUAAACUUCUGGGAUCUUUUGCCUUGGGAGUGUUGGGGAAAAAUCACAUAUUUUUUUAAGAGGAGUUUUAAUCUUCACUGACCAUUCUUUACGCUCAGUCAGAUUUGAGAAUUUAACUCCAGGCUUCUGAAAAAUAUACUCAAGCACCGGUGACUCUGGCAGGCUGACAAAGUGGAGAAAUUGUAUAACAGAAAAUAUGGGAUUUAUUAGAAUACAUUAAUUAUUUUGAGCAUCAGAUCUGUUGAGGUUUGUAUUGUUGCACAAACCCAGUUGAAUUGGAUGUAAAGGGUUAAAGUUUAAAGAAGCACUGUGUAGGAUUAAGUGGCAUCUAGUGGUAAAGUUGCAGAGUACAUCCAACUGAUUACCUAUUUGCCUUUCCCUCCUUUUCCAAGCGUGUCGGGGAACUACGGUGGCUUGUUGGUAACAUCAAAAAACACAGAAGGCUCUCGCUAAAGCCAGUGUUUGAUAUGUCCACUCUGGGCUACUGUAGAAACAUGGCGUCCCAAGAUGGGCGGACUCCGUUAAGAGGAUCUGCUUACUAUCUAGAUAUAAACGGCUCAUUCUAAGCUAACAAAGAAUACAGGUUUUUAUACAUUAAUGAAAACCAUAGUUGAGAAUAUUAUAUUCAAUUUCUGCCAAUAUAUCCUACACACUGUUGCUUUAAGUGCAACCUACGAUUGUGUUGAAUGUACUCUCCUCUUGCGUCCUAUUUUCAGGGCCGGCCCAGAUAACAGCAUUCAGGUUCUGUUGGUACAUUAAUAAUAACAGGGUAAUUAUAAGUUUAUAAACGGCUUGUUUACAGCCAUCAGUGACAAUUCUUCUCCUGUCUUCAGCAUCUUUGGGACCAUGUGAUAUCUGGAUGGAUGCCAUUUAGUGGAAAGUGUCUCAAAGUUUAAUUAGUACGAAAUUUGGCCCACGUUAGAUUAAAUAUCUCCCUGAUCUAGUAUUUACUUAAGAAAUAUUAUUUUGAAACAUUAUUUAAUUCUCUCCUCUUUUUUUUUGAUAACUAGUUGGUAUACAAGGUCAGCCCUUGGAACAAGUGUUCCUUUCCUCUUCACGUUAGUAUUCACCACUUUUGUCUUAUGGAAUAUAUUUAUUAAAUGUCAUGACUCUCUGCAAAGACAGCAAGUUUGUCAUUUUAAAGGCUUCAGUGGUGGUAACAGGUUAAGGAAAAAUAAUGCAUAAAAAUGAAAUUGCCACAUAUAUAUAUGUUAUUUGAGCCUCUAAUGAAGUGAAGGGUGCUCCGUUUAUGACACGGUGGAACGGGCCGUUAUGAAGCACUUAUUUGAAAAUAUAAAAUUAUGUUAGAGGAAGUAGUCAAUACAAAUUAAUCAGAAACAGCUGGACUUCCUAAAAUGUAAUGUCUGGAAUAAUCUUUACUUUUGUUCAAGAAAGACUCAAAUGGAUGUUAAAGUUGACCUCCAUGUUUUGGGUUAGUGUUUGCAUUCAGCAAUGUUAACUUACCAUUAAAUAA